ACACGGUGGGGCCUACGCGAGGCGGAACGGAAGCCUCGGAGGGUCAGACAGCAGCGGCGCGGGAAGUCCGGACGCUGGAGGUACCUGGGGAGGAGGCCCUAGGCUCAGGCCCCGACCGCGGCCAUGGCAGAGAGGCCCGAGGACUUAAACCUGCCCAACGCCGUCAUCACCAGGAUCAUCAAGGAGGCGCUCCCGGAAGGUGUCAACAUCUCCAAGGAGGCCCGGAGCGCCAUCUCCCGCGCCGCCAGCGUCUUCGUGCUGUACGCCACAUCGUGUGCCAACAAUUUCGCGAUGAAAGGGAAACGCAAGACCCUGAAUGCCAGCGACGUGCUGUCCGCCAUGGAGGAGAUGGAGUUCCAGAGGUUCGUCGCCCCGCUAAAGGAGGCCCUGGAAGCCUAUAGGCGGGAGCAGAGGGGCAAGAAGGAAGCUUCGGAACAGAAGAAGAAAGACAAAGACAAAAAGACGGAUUCGGAAGAGCCGGACAAGAGCAGGGACGAGGACAACGACGAAGAGGAGGAAAGGCUGGAGGAAGAAGAACAGAACGAAGAGGAGGAGAUCGACAACUGAGUGGUGCGGGAGUCUGGACCUCGGGAGGCGGGCGGCCGCGGGCUCCGUGGGCUCCGUGUUUGUGCGCGGCUUUGCCCUGGGGCGGGAGUGCCAGAGCAGAUGCAGGCCGCCAGCAGAACCGGCGCUCCCCACGGCUCCCGACGCCGCGCAGCCGCCUGGCACAGCCCGGUGCUGCUUCCUUGACCGGACGGUCGUCACUGAACAGCUCGCUCCAUUAGUCAGUUUGAUCUCUCGUGUUGACUUACAUGUAUGGCUACCCCUGAGGAGAGCCAUAAUUCUCCUGCUGCCUGCCGCGUUCCAAGUCUCAGAGGCCAUGAGGCUCCAGAAAGCCGGGCUUUGACCAUGGUCAGCCGGGCUUCCUUGCACACGAUGUGGCCGUGGGAACCCGUGAACAGUGGUCAGACGGUUGGCUUUAGGACACUGCUAAGAGAACUGGAGGAUUAAAGAAAUUGUUCUGUUGUCUCUCCCCUUGGCAGGAACAUCCGUGGGAUUGGAUUCGGUUAGACCCGCUCGCCCUGGAGCCCGUCUGCGUGCCUUAGGCAGCCUGCCUGGGGCGGGCGCUGUGCUCUGAGCUCACGCGCUCCGGAAUGAGCAGUGUAGACCAUAGUUAGGCAGGCAGGGACGCCGGGGUCUUAUGGCGCAGGCGCCUCACUGCCUGCGCUGUGCCACUUGAGAACCUGCUGGAGGCCGAGCCCGCCUCCCCGGCUGGGGCCUGAACAUCUUGCUUCAGUUCAAGGAGAGUUCCAGACCGUCUCGCCUCUAGGCACAGCUCUCCCUCCGCUCCUCGCCUCCUGUGGCUCUUCUCAUUUCCACUUUCUCUCUCAGUCCUGCCAGUCUGGGAACUUUGACAGCCUGCUUAGUAUUCCAAAGUGCAAGUUCUUCUGUUUUCUUAGUUCUGAUCUCUCCGCUUUUAAAAAGAAUGUCAUGCAAACCCUUUAGGGCAAUCAGAUGGCGCUCAGGAAUGUAAUGGCUACCAGCCGUGCCCCGGGCUGCUUCUAAAGCACCCCUGUUGGCCUCUCUGAGCCUCUCUUUCGGGUCAGUGCUACAAGCACUGUUCUGUUUCCAAGUUGGCGCUUGCAUUUGACAGGUAGGGAAGUAUAGUCUGACACUGUCAACUUGUUAAAUGAACACAGGGAGGAGUUCAAUGAGUGAUGGCUGUUGAGAAGAUUAUAAUACUUUGUACGAAUAAAGAACGUUUUGUUAGAAGUGAUGACGCCUUCGUGUUCCCCGUGUGC